UUUGACGAAGGCGGAAAUGCCCUGAAACCUUGGAGGUCUUGAACAUCUUUAGUUUUCAGAUCGUUAUUAACCCAACUGUUCAAACCAUAUAUUAGCGAUUUAGCUACAUACAAACAACAUCAACUCGUUAAUGAUCUGGUAGUUACACCGCGUCGAUCAAGAUGGAGCAUGACAACAGCCCAGAGUCUGUAGCCUCACCUUCCCCAGGAACAGCAAAGUCAAAGUUGGACACAUUGCCCAAAGAUGACCUCAUCAAGUUUGCCAAAAAGCAGGUGGCUGCCAUGCAGAAGAUGAAGUCCAAAUGUGCAGAUUUGGAAAAAGAAAUUGACAACUUGAAAUCUCAACCAAAAGGCAAUUCGGAUGACUCCGUCAUACAGGAACUGACUGAGAGGAUGAGUGCCUUGCUGCUGGAGAAGGCUGAGAGCCAGCAGACUGCAGGGUUACUGCUGAAGGAGAAUGAGAAGAUGAAACAGCGGGAACGGGAUACAGAAGAGAAACUGGCCGGUCUGCAAGGAGAGUUGGACCGGUCUAAGGAAGACCACCAGAAACAUCUGGAGACUUUGGAGAGGACCAUGCACCUUUCACAAGCCAAACACAAAGAAGAAGUUGAAUUCUUCCAGAGGCUUCUGAAGGAGAAAGAAGAGGGUGACCGUGAGAAAGGGAGUGAAAGAGAAAAGGAAAAGCAGAGGGAUAGAGAAAAUGAAGACACAAACAAGAACCUAGAAGCUGUUAUUUACAGGCUAGAGUCCCAGAUCCUGGGUCUGCAGACGGAGCUAGAUGCAGCUGUGGAGCGAAGCACCCAGGAGACUGCAGCUCUGCAGCAGGACCACCAGAAGGCGCUGACAAAGGCCCAACAGGAAGUAGAGAACCUUAGGGAGGAGUUGACCCAGCACAGUGCACAACAUGAAGAGGAGCUGAGAGCUCUGGAGGAAGACUUCGAGAUUGAAAGAGAGAGACUACUGCUUCUGCAGGAGGAGCUAAGUGAGCAGCUGGCUCUCAAAGACAGCUUUUUGCAAGACGUACAGGAGGAAGAGGAGGAGCCUAGUGGCCGCAGCUCAGGCAUAGCCAGGAUGUUGGAGCUGUCUGGGGUAAGUCAGAUUGAUGCCAGUGAUGCGCAGAUGGAGAUUGGAAGGCUCCGAUCUGCGUUGGAAGAUCUGCAGUCCCAGAAUACCAUGCUGCAAGAUGAGAUGACUUUCCUGGGCAAUGUAAAGACUGAAAUGGAGGCGGAGCUUGAGAGGGUGAGGGAGGAGUUUCAGACGGAGAAGGAGGAGCUAGAGUUCAAGAUUGAUGAGCUACUGAUGUCCCGGGAUGGUGCGACCCCUGACCUGAAUAUAACUAACCAUGACCCUUUGAAACCUGCAACCCCCAACUCCAGUGAAAUCACAGAGGAUCAAGGCCUUACUCGGCUCCAGCAGAGCAACACAGAGACAAGUGCAGAGGACAGCCUGCUUGCCAGUCCUGAUUGCCCCUCCAGACCAAAACAUAGCGUGCCCAGCCCUGUCCCUGAGGCAGAACAGCAGAGAUUGAUAUUAGAGGUCCAGGUGCUCCGGGCCCAGUGCGAGAACUUAGCCAGGGAGAAGAGCCAGGUAGUGGCCGAGUAUGAACACACCAAAGACAUCCUGAGAAGCCUGGAGGCCGAGCUAGGCCAACGGACGGGGGACUUUGUCAGACAGUAUGAAGCUAUGAAGGAACAGGGGGAGUCGUUGGUCCGGGAGCUACAGGAGAAAGUCCAAGGGCUGACUGAGGAGAGGGAGAGUCUGGUGGAGAGGGUGAGAAGGAUCAAUGAAGACCGAGAGGGUCUGGUAGAGAAGGUCCAGCAUCUGGAGAAGAGUCAGGAGAGAUUCCUCGAGCAGACAAAGGCAUCCAGAGAGCUGAAGGAGCAACUGCAGACCUCCCUGGAAGAGAAGACCGCACUAGUUCUCGAGUUAAAAACCUCUCUGGAAGAGAAGACAGUGCUAGUUCCCGAGUUAAAAACCUCUCUUGAAGAGAAGACAGCACUAGUUAUCGAGUUAAAAACCUCCCUGGAAGAGAAGACAGCGCUAGUUCUUGAGUUAAAAACCUCUCUGGAAGAGAAGACAGCGCUAGUUCUCGAGUUAAAAACCUCCCUGGAGGAGAAGACCGCAUUAGUCUUUGAGUCUAAGGUCUCAGGAGAGGAGCAGACGUUGUUAGCCUCUGAGUUAAAGGCCUCCCUUGAUGAGCAGACAGCCUUGGCCCGAGAGCUAAAGGCUUCAGUGGAGGACCUGCGCAUGCAGAAUGGCGAGAUCCUGUCUCAGCUACAGAUGAGGGAGAGUGCUGCUCAGGAGUUACAGGAGGCACUGAAUGUAGUGACCACAGAGAGAGACCGAACCCUGUCAGCACUCCAGGAGAGGGAGACUGAGGUAUUAAGGUUGAGGCAGGACAAAGAGAGGGAGAUGGAGGAUUACGAAAAAAACCACCAAGAUCUGGUGGAGCUGCAAACUUGUAUUGAGGAGCUAGAGAAGGAGAGGAACAUGCUGAAGAGUAGUCUAGAGAAUGCCCAGAGAGAGAGAUCUGAGGAGGUGCCUGGGAGUCUGGGGGAAGAGGUGGAGGAGCUGCAGGCCCGUAUAGAAGAGCUGGAGAAAGAGAGGAGCCUGCUGAGGAGUAAUCUGGAGGAGGUGAUGGGAGACACUGAAGCUCUACAGAGAGACCUGGGGGAGAUGAAACUGGCCAAUGAGAAGAUGAGAACAGAGAACCAGGAACUACUUUCCCAGGUCAGCCAGGCUACAGAAACACGGACCGAUGGGGAGGCGAAGGAGGCAAGAGGGACCGAUGGAGAGAAACAGGAGGUGGCAAGAGAGACCGAGGGUGAGAAAGGAGCAGAAGAGGCAGAGAGGGAAAGGACGGAGUUACAACAGCAGCUGACUGAGAAGGAAACUGUGAUAUUCCAGCUGAAGAGUGAGAUGGCUGUCCUACAGUCAACAGCCCUGUCUCCUAUCUCGUCGGAGAACACAGCCAGUGAUUUAACUGAGAAAAUCGCGCUCCUGGAGAAGGAGAAUAAAGAAAAGGAUGAGAGGAUGAAUAAGAUCAAGGCAGUGGCUGUGAAAGCCAGGAAGGAGCUGGACAACAGCAGGAAAGAGGCUGGAGCUCUGAAGGAAGAAUUGGAGGUGUUGAAGGCUGAGAGAGAGAGAGUCACCAACUCGAUGAAGGACAUCAUCCAUGGCGCAGAGGGUUAUAAGAACUUGCAGCUGGAUUACGACCGGCAGACAGAGCAGCUGUAUAAGGAACGAGAGAAGGUGGAGGCGGCUGAGAAACAGAUCUCAGCACUGAACAAACGACUCGCCGCUGCAGUUCAACAGCACGAACAACUGUGGUCAGAAAGAGAGGACCUGGUGACUGGGAUGGAGACCCUGAGGAGCACGGUGAGACAGAUGGAAGGACAGACCGCAGAGCUACACAGGCAGACAGACAGCCUGAACAAAGACCUGCAGGCUGAUAGAAUACUGAGGGAACAGAAGACUAAGGAGCUGUCGUCCUUGCAGAAAGAGGUAGAGGAGUUGACAGCUCAACUCCACAGACAGAAGCAGCAGUCUCAGCAGACAUCACAGGAGCUAGAGCAGCUACGGAAGGAGGCCCAGCAGAACUCGUUGUUGGACAUGGAAAUGGCUGACUAUGAACGUCUGGUCAAAGAACUCAAUACCAAACUGUCAGAGAAAGACGUGUGUGUGGAGGGGCUGCGAGCACAGAUACGAACGCACACUCAGACAGAAGACGCACUGAACCAGGAGAUUGAGGGUUUGAAGUCUCAGCUGGACCAGGGGGAGGAGAAGAGCUCCAAGAUGAAACAGCUGCUGGUUAAAACCAAGAAAGAGCUGGCAGAUGCCAAGAGACAGGAAGCCACUCAGAUGAUGACUCUGGCCUCUCUAAAGGGGGAACUGGAAGCCCACCAACAGCAGCUAGAGGACAGUAAGAUCCAGGUCUGUGACCUGACUGCAGAGCGUCACAGACUGCAGGAACAGCUGAGGGUUCUUACUGAGCAACAACAGAGAACCAGCAGCUCCUUGCAACACAGACUGAACUUGUUACAGCAGGAAGCUAACACAACCAAGGCUGAGCUGUCAUCUGUUACUGCUGAGUUUGACAGCUAUAAGGUCAGAGUUCACAAUGUCUUCAAACAGCAGAAGAACAAGAGUUCAGCCCAGAGUGACGGAGAACCCACGAAACAGGAGAGGGAGCACAUGGAGUCCUUGGUGGAUCAGUAUAAAGCCAAGCUAAAGGAAGGUCAACAGAGUCUGGCGGUGACCACUGCAGAGCUCCAACAGCUCCAGGUGGAACAUGACACACUGCUGGAACGCCACAACAAGAUACUGCAGGAGACCAUCAGUAAAGAGGCUGAGCUCCGAGAGAGAAUGCUGUCUCUCCAGACAGAGACAAUGUCGCUGCGGACAGAGAAUGCCCAGACGGUGAGUCAGCUGACCAUGCAGGCCGACACCCAGCGCUCAGGAUUUCGGGAGCAGAUCCGCCACCUCCAGGACGAACACAGAACUACAGUAGAGACCCUGCAAAACCAGAUUACCAGGCUGGAGGACCAACUGUUCACACUGCAGAGCCAGACUAGCCCAGCUCCUGUCCAGGCCAGCCGUAAGACUGGGGUCGACCGGCGAGCCGUGGACCAGGGGGGGAUGGGGGGGCUCAACCUGGCCCUCAGUGAUCUCCAGUCCAUGGCCAGAGAGGAGGGGGAGGGCAUGGAGACUGCUGAUACAGAGUCCCUGUCCCCCUCUCACACACCUCUACCCUCCCUGGAGCAACUGCUGUCCUCACCAGACCCCAAGCAGGAGUUGUUCGCGUGGCAUGUAGAGCCCACUAAAGAGGAGCUGAGUCAGAAGUUGGCGACAGCUAAUCGCAGUAUGGAACACAUGAACAGUCUGCUGCAUGAGACCGAGGCUACCAAUGCUGUUCUGAUGGAACAGGUCAACCUGUUGAAGUCUGAGGUACGUCGUCUGGAGCGGAACCACGAGAGGGAGAAGAGUGUAGCCAACCUGGAGUAUCUGAAGAAUGUCCUCCUGCAGUUCAUCUUCCUGCGCUCAGGCAGCGAGAGACAGGCUCUCCUGCCUGUCAUACACACCAUGUUACAACUCAGCCCUGAGGAGAAGAAUAAACUGGCUGCUAUUGCGAUGGGUGAGGAGGAAGUGGGAGGAGCCAGAGGCUCAGGCUGGACGUCCUAUCUACACAGCUGGUCUGGCAUAAGAUGAAAACCAUCAACAGCACACAGACACCUCAGUUAUCUGCCUUCACUUUCAUCUGGUCAAUAUGUAUGAUCAACUGGGGUUGUUAAAACCUCUUAAGAUGUUGAUGGUCAUCUAUCUACUUGAAAUAUCCUGUAGUAAGCAAGCUAAGCCCGCACUCUUUAUGACUGUUGAUAAGUUGCUAAACCAUUCAUGGUGGGUUAUUUGCCCAAUCAUUUUUAAUUGGGGAUUUUGUAAUGACUGAUUCUGUUCCUCUGUAACAAUCAACUCCAGACAACACAUCUCGUUAGGAGUUACAGUGAACAAUGACAUGAACUAUGACUGUGAUUACAGAUUUGACUGACUGCUUUUGUGGUUCAGAUCGACCUCAAACAGACGAAGAAUUAACAAUAUUUGCAUGAUCAAACGCCGUCCUGUUCCUUUGCUUUUGAGCCUUCCCCGAAACGCCUGCCCUAAUGCGUGAGAGGUAGCUUGAGGAUGAGAUCAUGUAGCAACCGGUGCUUUGAUCAUGUGUAACUGAUAACAUUUUUUAAUCUACAGUACAGUGUUUACUGUUGUCAUUACCAUAUUUUCCUCAGUAAAUGUUGGUGAAAUACAGACGUGAUCCGCAGGCCUGUAGUAGUAAUUUAUAAUACAUUAUCACCUGAAAUGUGUCUUAGCACUUUACAAUUUGCAGACUUAUAGUCAGUCAUUUAUCUCUCAUCUACAGUGACCACGGCUGCACCUCAAACUGCACUCUUGUUUCUCGUAUAUGGCACUUUAGUGGGAAUAACGUGCCAGUUCAGAGUGGCCCCAUUGCUAGAAGAGGGUUAUAUGCAAAUUGUUGUUAUUUACAUUCCUAAGGCAGCUGCUUAUGCUUUUAUUAAUGAAGGAGGCCAGAUACUGGAGUGUAUUUUCUGGGAAUAACUGAAUGUGCUUUUACUGAAAAUUUGUAUAUUUAAACUGGGAAAGUAUUGUUGGGUCUUAAGAGAUUAUGUUGUACACUGGUCUGAGGGUUGUUUGGUUGAUGUCUGUAUUGCGUUUUUUUUUUUUAUGUUCUGGAAAUGUUCUAUUUGUCAUGUUCUAGAAAAUGACAAAUCUGUUUGACUAAUCAUACUGUACGUUAUGUCGACUAUUGGCCACGUUCACUAUCAGCCUACCAACCUUCUUAAAGAGAAUAACUGUGAAUUAACAUGACAAUUAAAAUACAUAUUUAAUGUUUAGUUAAUUGAAUAAAGUUAUCGGGAUUUUAAAUGUCAA